AUGACACUGCACAGUUUGGGGAAGAUAUUGCCGCGCUGGGAUUACGAAAUGCUUUACGUGGAAUACCCUUCGCUGCAUGAAGAGCUCGUGGUGAUUGACUAUGUUGUAUGGUACUUGAUGCCACGGGUAGCUGAACUGACAACAGUGUAUGAGACCGCAAAGCCUGUAGUAUUAGCUUGGUAUCUCUCCGAUCAGCUUGCACUCGAGCAAGACGAAAAGCGAAGCAGUAUUAUGCGUUCGAUGUCUGCGGCUGAUUAUACCGGUGUUACGCGAUGUUGUUCCAUAGACACCUUCCGACGCAAUGCGUACCUCUUGCUGCCACGUGACCGCGUAUGUUGCUCACCAGAGUUUGUCCGCGAAUGUGUUUUCUUUUACUCAACACUGCAUUUAUAA